AUGGCUACCGUGAUCUCUUACAUUCAAAGAAACUUGGUAUCUAAAUGUAACGAACGCUGGAGAAAUGCAUCUCGGAUAAAAGAACGCUUUGAAAGUAAGAACGUCAAUUGGUUAGAUGGUCAAUUUCGUGUUCCACUAGAGCGUCGUGUCACGGUUAAUUACCCUAAUACGUCUGGAAGUCGUGGUGGCAGACCUUCGAAACCAUACGAAGCAUCUUCAGAAAAAACAAAGAAACGAAAAAACAUGGAAUUAAUACAAGAGUACGGAUUGGACUGUGUGCUCAAUGCAUAUGCUCAGGAGUUACGGUCUAUGGGUGAGACGGAGGAGGCCACAAUCGUUAAUAUUAUACGAACUGCAUCAAAAAAUGAUAAGAAAAAAAUCUUAAAUACAUUACUGAGAACUCUGAAGACGUUACACCUUUUUCAAAGGAGGAAGUACUAUGGACCUUUAUUGACU